AUGUCAGAAUCCCAAAACUUUCCAGCUAAUUUUCAACUUGAGUAUUUAAAUGAGGGAGCUGCCAAUAUAGUUUACAGGAUAAUUAUUCCAAAAUCUUUGCUUCAGGGUACUAAAGAUGAAUGGCAUAGAGGACCCUUUACUCCGGGUGUAAUUGAAAUUUCCGAUGCAUCUCGGGAAAAGUUGGCUUUUUGUAAUAAAUUGCUUCGAUUACGGAAGGACCUCACUACUACCAAUCCUGUUCGCUUAUCCCAAUCAAAUUGGCUUCAGUUUAUUGCUCCUUUAUUCCACCCAUCAGAGCUCGUGCAGCAAUCACUCGUAUCAAUUAAAUCUUCCGGUAUCGUCCAGCGCCUUAAUAAAGAGUUAUUGGAAAGUGAGCGGUUAACUCCCAAUCUAUACAAUCAUCGAGCAAAGAUUAGACAUGGCGUCUAUCUUGCCGACGAGGACUAUGGCUUACUUGUUACGAACAUGACAUCAAACAUCAAAUUUAAUACUGUUAUUGAAUUUAAGCCAAAAUGGCUUGUCCAAUCCUUAUCGGCGCCUUCGGAUUCUCUUCGCUGUCGUCAAUGUGCUAGAAACGCAUAUAUAAAUGCCGAGCUGGUCGCUUCAAACGAACCUCCGGAUUCUCACAUAUUUUGUCCUCUGGACUUUUUUUCCGAAGAUCCAAACACACUAAACCACCUUGCUAAACAAAUCUUGUCACAUAAAGCUGAUAAUGUGUGCUUACUGCGCUUUGUCGAAUGGAUCAAAAAUGUUUCACUUUUACGACGUCUUCGCGAGAUUCAGAUACAGUUUGACCGUGCAGGAGUCCUGAACGCAGACCCCUCGGAUAAAAAUUUUCUAACCGCCAUGACUUUAAGAGAUUGUACUGUCUUUGUUCGUUUAGCUCACAAUGAAGAAAAGAUUGAGGCACGACUCGGUGAUCUAGAUCUGAAGUCUCCUGCCAAGCUAUCAUACUGGAAAAAGAUAGAAUGCCAGCUAAUUGAUGGCGGAUGGUACAACGAUGCAGAGCAUCCAGCGCACAAACAACCAAAUAAUUGCUUUCUAAAUCGGAAAUUUUGA